CCCAAAUUCUUCCCCAGCUCUGCCGUUUAGAGCGAUCUGGAGCUCCGCAGCUGAGAAAUCGGGUACAUAGCCCACCAGAACUCUCCGAUCCGACCCUGAACAUGCUCUUCGCCCUUGCCCACCAACGAUUCCCCAUAACCCAAUAAUAGAAAAGAAAGGUAAAUAGUGAAGUCGCAGAAGCAUGAUGACUCGGUCGUCGUCAUCGUCGUCGACGGCGGCGGUGAGGAUCAACAUCGCCUCCAGUGCUCGGAAACUCGACGUCAACAAUCGAAUCGCUCUGGGAUUCUACUAUCGCAUCGCCGAUAAUGUCCUCAAGCAGGCUAACAUCUUUCGGGAAGAGGAUAAUAUAAUUGAUUUGUACAUUAUGCUCCUAAGGUAUUCAAGUUUGGUCUCUGAGACAAUACCAUGUCAUCGUGAUUAUAGAGCAGCUCUGCAAAGUGACAAGAUUUAUUUGAAGAAGAAACUAAUGAAUGCCUUGGCUGAGCUUGAGAAACUUAAGCCAGUUGUUCAAAGGAAGCUUGAAGACAUUAACCAACAACAGAGGGGUUAUCAGCCUCAAUUGAAUUUGUCACUUGUUAACCAUCCUGGUAAACAGCAAAAUUUGAAUAGUUAUGCCAUGACUAAGACUUCACCAUACGUUGCUCGACAAUACAAUCAUCAAGCUCCAAGUACUCAGCAAUGGUCUCUUACUAAGCCAGUAGAUGAACAGUUUCGCCAAAUAAGAUUAAACAUUCCCCGUCCAAAGGAGGAAACUCUUUCCAGACAUUCCGUUUUCGGCCCGAAUGGGCUUAAUGGGCAAUGGCAACCUCCACCUAGUGAUACAGGGGUGCGCUAUCCAAGUAAUAUAGACUUUUCACCUGUUGAGAUCCCAAGGACAUUUGCUGAUAUUUCACGAGAAAGCAAUGGCCAGAAGCCUGUGCAUGAUGGUACCUCAAUAAAAAAGCAUGAUAACAACUUAGAAUCUGAAGUAUCAAAAUUGAAACCAUUGGACCUGGAAAGCAAAGAUGACAAAAAAGAUCAGGUUGAAGAACCUGAUUCCUUGAUUUCCUUUGAAACAAUGGAAAGUCCUGUGCAAACGAAAAUCAUCAGACAGCCUUCUCCUCCUCCUGUUCUUGCUGAGAUACAAGAUUUGAUCCCAUCUACUUCACCCGCAGUUGUGGACAGGGAUUGCGGACUGACUUCUAAUGCUGAUGGUGUCAUCUGUGCUGAAGCUCCUCUGGAACUGCAUAUUUCAACUGCAUUGAUGGACAGUUUUAUGAGGCUGGCUAAGUCAAAUACGGACAAGAAUUUGGAGACUUGUGGUGUUCUUGCUGGUUCACUUAAAAACCGAAGAUUUAGUGUUACUGCUCUUAUCAUCCCGAAGCAAGAAUCAACAUCAGAUUCGUGUCAAACAACAAAUGAGGAAGAAAUAUUUGAAGUGCAGGAUAAGCAAUCUCUUUUCCCGUUAGGGUGGAUUCAUACGCAUCCCACACAAUCGUGUUUUAUGUCAUCGAUAGAUGUUCACACUCAAUACUCUUAUCAGAUCAUGUUGCCCGAAGCUAUUGCAAUUGUGAUGGCGCCGAAAGAUGGCUUGAGAACCCAUGGCAUAUUCCGGUUAACAACUCCAGGUGGCAUGAAUGUCAUAAGGCAAUGCCCUAGACGUGGUUUUCAUGCUCAUGACCCUCCGUCUGAUGGUAGCCCAAUUUACAAGCAAUGUACAGACGUUUAUAUGAAUCCUAAGCAGAAGUUCGACGUAAUCGAUCUGCGAUGACAACGGUUACACAUUGUUUCAUUUGAUUUGCAAAUUUUUUUACUCCAUAAGUGAAUUUGGUUUUGGCCGUGGUGUUUGGUCCAUCCAUGAGAUGUAAAAGUACACUCUCGUGUAACAGUAAAAUAUGCUACCUUCUUUGCAAUUGUGCAGUAAAAAAUAUGGAAUUUCAUAUUCUGGUA